GUAGAUUCCUCUCCGUGCUGCGUGUAUUUCCGUGUGAAGGUGCAGGAGAAAUGCGUGACCUCGGUACGCACACAGGCAUCGAGAAAACCUACAGCCCAAAUGGCUCUGAAGCGUCACCGGUAGCAGGGAUCUCACCGAGGAGGUAUCUGUGAAAGCUCCCAGUGUUGGAGUGCAAUGCUGCUGUGGUCCCUCAAGGUGCUGGUGUGGACGCCUCUUCACCUCUUACCCUGUUCCUCCCACCAUCCUCCACUUUCUGUCUUCCAUUUGGAGAAAGUGUCAAGAUGCUGCAUGCAAUAGAAAGAACACACAGCUGUGGUUUGCCACAGUGGACUAGAUCUAGUCAACUCUUCCUCCUGGUUCUGGGCUGUUUGUUCUGCCUCUGCCCUCCUGCUGGGGUGGUGGCAGCGAGUAUGUGCAGAGUAUCAGGUGGCGUGUUGGGGAUCCCCUGCAGCAGUGUGAUUGGGCUAGGCUGGCAGCCGCUGGCCGUGGACGAAGGUGGCACACAGUGUUGGGAAUCGUGCUGCCUGGAGCCCUCGUGCAGUGCAGUCUGGAGCCUCGGGGGCUACUGUGUUCUGCUGAAGUGCGUUCGGCCCAACGGCUGUGAAAUCUCUGCACUACCGCUGACUAACAUCAACUCUCUGGGCAUCCUGCAGCUGCUUGACAAGAGCAAAUCAAAGAAAGCAAGAAUCCCACGGCAGGCAUUGGUUUCUGAUGUUAACGGAGGGCCUGGACACAAACAUAGCAAUCGUAAUGAUUUGGUACCUCAGCCCUUCAGUACAACACCAGCGAGCACAGUCAGUGGGAUUACAUUCUCAGAGUCAGCCAAUAAAGCGAUGAAUGAGCAUGUCAAUGGCAGCGGAGAGGAGGCAGCUUCAUCAUCUUGGCAGAAUUCAACAUUGCCAGAAGACAAUAUGGAUCAUUCAUCUUCCAAUAGCAGUUCUGGGUCACCAACAAGUGCACCUUAUUCUUCCACCCCAGCAGGAACUCCACCUGUGAAGGAGCUGGUGGUAUCUGCUGGCAACAAUGUGGAGGUCACGCUUCCACGCAGUGAAGUGGAACUGAACGCAUUUGUAGUGCCAGCACCCCCUCCAGGGACUAAAUAUGCCUUUGACUGGCGUUUGAGGACGCACCCUAAAGACUACAGUGGAGAAAUGGAAGGGAAACAUAGCGGCACACUCAAACUGAGCAAGCUGACUGUGGGUCUGUAUGAGUUUGAGGUGAUUGUGGAAGGUGAUGGUGCACAUGGUGAAGGCUAUGUCAACGUUACAGUUAAACCAGAGCCAAGAGUCAAUAAGCCACCAGUUGCUGUAGUUUCACCAAAGUACCAGGAGAUCUCCUUACCAACGAGCUCCACUGUGAUUGAUGGCAGUCAGAGCACUGACGAUGAUAAGAUAGUGUCGUGGCACUGGGAAGAGGUGAAAGGGCCGCUCCGAGAGGAGAAGGUCUCAGCAGAUACAGCCAUUCUCACGCUUACAAGCCUCGUCCCUGGCAACUACACCUUCAGCCUCAUAGUGACUGACUCAGAUGGUGCUCAAAACUCAACCCAAGCUAUGCUGUCAGUCAACAAGGCAAUGGACUACCGGCCUGUAGCCAACGCCGGACCCAACCAGGUCAUCACCCUCCCACGCAACUCCAUUACUCUCUACGGCAACCAGAGCACAGACGACCAUGAGCCUCUGGCUUACGAAUGGUCCCUUAGCCCAGAGAGCAAGGGCAAGGUGGUGGAGAUGCAGGGAGUACGGACGCCCACUCUGCAGCUAUCUGCUAUGCAGGAGGGAGAUUACACCUUCCAGCUCACUGUCACUGAUUCGUCGGGACAGCAGGACACAGCACAUGUCACGGUCAUUGUGCAGCCAGAGAAUAACAAGCCACCAGUAGCAGAUGCAGGGCCAGACAAGGAGCUGACACUUCCUGUGGAUUACACCACCCUCGAUGGCAGCAAGAGCAGUGAUGACCAGAAAAUUGUCAAGUACCAUUGGGAAAAAACAGAGGGUCCAGACGGUGUGAAGAUAGAGAAUGCAGAUAGUCCGGUUGCCACGGUAACAGGGCUUCAGGUGGGAACAUACACUUUCAAGCUGACUGUGACGGAUGAACGGGAUCUGCAAAGUUCAGACACAGUCACUGUGAUCGCUCGUGAGGAGUUUGACCAGCCACCUGUGGCCAAAGUGCAGUCCAGCCCCCCGGUCACUCUACCUGUCCGUACAGCAAUCUUGGAUGGCUCCCAGUCGUCUGAUGAUAAAGGCGUGAGCAGUUACCUCUGGAAGCGGGAUGGCAGCAGUCCUGCAGCUGGGGAUGUCCUGAAUAACUCCGACCACCAGGCAGUGCUGUUCCUUGGCAAUUUGGUGGCAGGGAAGUACUCCUUCACUCUGACUGUAACGGACAGUAAGGGCCAAAGCAGCAGCGACACAGGCAUGGUGGAGGUGCACCCAGAUGUGUGGGAACGAGACCUAGUGGAGCUGGUGCUGGAGGUGGCUGUGUCUCAGGUGUCUCACAGGCAAAGGGACAUGCUGUUGAGACAGGUAGCUGUUCUGCUGGGUGUACUGGACAGUGACAUCAUCGUACGGGAGAUCAGCGCCUUCAAUGAGCACAGCACUCGUUUAGUAUUCCUGGUGUCUGGAGGACCAGGGCGCUCGCCACUGUCUGGUCACAGCGUCGCCACAGGACUCCGUAACAAACUGCACAAACAAAAAAACGACUUCCUGAUCUUUAAGACUCGGCGUGUGGACACAGUCGUUUGCCAGCUAAACUGCUCCGCCCAUGGAGAGUGUGACUCGUUUACCCGUCGCUGUGUGUGCCACCCCUUCUGGAUGGAAAACUUCAUCAGAACCGAGCUGGGCGAUGGAGAAAGCAACUGUGAAUGGAGUGUGUUGUACGUGACAAUAGCAUCGUUCAUGAUAGUAGUUGCCAUUGCAACCAUUGUAUGGGGCCUCGUCUGCUGUUGUAACAGACGCAAAGGAAAAGUCAGACGGAAAAGUCGAUACAAAAUGCUUGAGGGAGAAGACCAAGACAGCAUAGAGCUACACCCACCUAGAGCAGCCCGGCUGAAACCCGUACCUGCGCCCACUUCAUCUGCUCUCAUGCAUUCAGAUUCAGACCUGGACAGUGACGAUGGACAAGCAGGUGUCCCCUGGACUGACCGGGAGCGUGGUCACCUGCUGCGCCCACAAAACGGCUCCUUGCGCAAUGGCCUAGGGCCCCACAGAACCAAAAAACAGAGGGAGGAGUUUCUAUAGUGACUAAACUUUGCUGAUAUGGACCUUGAAUGCCACAAUGAUAUGUCACUUAGACGCCUCAUAGCUGGGUGUAAUGGAAACAGGACUAAGUGUAGCCUCUUCAACUGCCACCCCAUUCUGAAUCUCUGCCCAAUCUGAGCCAGAAGACGGGUUGAUUCAGUAUCUAGGGCAUUCACUCCUUUGCUGCUGUCUCUAUCUUGUCAGAAAUUUUGAAGCGUAGAGCCGUUCACCCCCAGGGUCAAUGAAAAUAUAUUUUAGAAGGAGACACUGAAUAUGUAAAAGGAUAAAGGCUGCUUAAAAGACUUGAAACUUGAGCAAAACCAAGUAUCUCUCUGAGAGAGACACUCCAUCCCAAUCCUGAGCUUGUCUGACAGUCUCUUCAAGCUUUGAUAAACCGCUGACCUAACCCCUCUAAACACUGCCUUGAACAUCCCUUAACAAGACAGUUUUCCUACACUUGUGGCAAUAGUGCAGACAAAGAGCUUGUCCUUAGUGCUGCACCUGUCUUUGCCAAGUUGUAUGACUGCAUGAAUGAUUGUUUGGUGAAAGAUUUAUUUUACUGAAAAUACUGCAUGUAUUAUAUCAGAUUGUCUGGCCUUUUUGGCAGUUUGUGUUAUCUGUCACUUAAAUCACCAGCAAACAACAGUGAAGUCUGCAAUCUGCUUAAGUUUGUAGCAGUUAAGAAAGCACCAUAAUGCUAAAGGCAUAACAAUAUUAAAGAUGAAAAUACACUGGAUGUAACUGGAUGUACACUGGACCUCACCUUCAGCUUUGCAUCUAAGCUCGUGCAAAAUAAACAGGAGGAAAAGAAGCUGAGCUUGGCACUCACCUCAAGAUAUAGACCAUGUGAUCAUAGACGACAAAUUUUAAAUUUCUUUCACCUGGAUACUUGAUUCUCGUGCAAUUUGCAUUACACACAAUCUGUUACUCUGCUUUCACUGGUUUCUUUCUGGAAGAUGUUGAUGCUCACUGAUCAGAUUAAGAAUGUCUUUGAUAAAGGCUUCUGUGAUAUUUUUGUGCUCAGCACACCCCUAUUCCUGUGUUCUUCUUAGUGCUGACAUGUAUAUUAACUGGACUACUUGAAUUCAGUGUCCACAUGGUAAACACUGAAAGAACUGUGAUAUUUUAUCCAUGUACACUGAUUCUAUUGAUGCUGUUCUAACAAAUGUAUCAAUGGGUAAUCUAGACCCCACUGAAAGCAGGGAGAAGAAAAACAAAGAGGUUUACAUAAUUACUUAAAAUCAAUGUUUUAAUGAAGGAUUCCCUAUGUCAUGUGAUUUAAUGAAACUGGAUUAUCUUAAUUAAAAUCAAGUAAUUCUACAAUUA